AUGGCCAUCUCCGCCGUCUGCUGCUCCCUCAAAUCCCUCCUCAUCCUCCUCCUAAUCUCCGCCGUCCCCGCCGCCUACCUCAUCUCCCUCGAGCUCUCCCCGCCCUCCACCCACGUCUUCCACUACCGCAGCACCGGCGGCUUCCUCCGCGAGUGCGCCAAGUGGGACCCACCCGCCGGCCGGUUCAUCGUCUCCUUCUUCGAAGGCGGCGUCGGCGAGGUCCGCGUCCCGGACGACUACUCCCCCGGCGACGUCCUCCGCGAGGUCCAGCUGGCCAAGGACGCCGACGUGGCCGGCAACGCGUCGCUCGGGCUGGUCGUCGACCGUCCGAGGAACCGGGUGGUGGUGGCCGUCGCCGAUGCUCUGCGGAACAAGUACAGCGCGCUGGCGGCGUAUGAUUUGUCCACGUGGAAGCGUCUGUUCCUGACUCAGCUGAGCGGGCCGGGUUAG